ACUCCGCCUCCCGCCCUGGGCGUGGCCGCUGCGUGCGGGGAACGUGCUGGCGAGAGCGCGAAGGCCGCGGUGUGAGGAGCGCGAUGGAGGCCGACUCCUCGCAAACCACAAAUCAGAUGCAAACAGAUUCUUUGACUCCCUCUCCUAACACUGUGUCGCCAGUGCCUUUAAGUAACCCCACCAGUGCCCCGAGGUUUGGGACAGUGAUUCCUAAUCGCAUCUUCGUCGGAGGAAUUGAUUUUAAGACUAAUGAGAAUGACCUAAGGAAGUUUUUUUCCCAGUAUGGCUGUGUUAAAGAAGUAAAAAUAGUAAACGACAGAGCAGGAGUAUCAAAGGGGUAUGGUUUCAUCACAUUUGAGACUCAGGAAGACGCACAAAAGAUUCUCCAAGAGGCUGAGAAGCUAAAUUAUAAAGAUAAGAAAUUGAACAUUGGUCCAGCGAUAAGAAAACAACAAGUAGGGAUUCCUCGAUCCAGUAUAAUGCCUGCAGCUGGUACAAUGUACUUGACCACGUCAACUGGAUAUCCUUACACAUACCACAAUGGUGUGGCUUAUUUCCAUACUCCUGAAGUUGCCUCCGUUCCACAGCCGUGGCCUUCGCGUUCUAUUUCCAAUUCCCCUGUAAUGGUGGCCCAACAUGUAUAUCAACAACCUGCAUAUCAUUAUCAGGCUCCAGCACAGUGUCUUCCGGGACAAUGGCAGUGGAGCAUUCCACAGUCUCCUGCCUCUCCAACCUCAUUCUUUUAUCUGCACCCUUCUGAAAUUACUUUCCAGCCUCUGGAGAUCACACAGGAUGCUGGAUGUGUUCCUCCUCCUCUUUCCCUCAUAGAAGCUGCAAUUCCAGAGCCAUAUUCUGAUCAUGGUGUUCAAGCAGCCUAUCACCAAGUUUAUGCUCAAAGUGCCAUCGCUGUGCCAGCCCCUGUGAUGCAGCCGGAGUCCAUUAAAGAAGCCAAGAUACAUUCUGUGAGAAGGAAUUUUUCUCAUUCUUCAUCUAUGAGUCUGAAGCCUCGAUAUGCACGAACCCCCCAUUUCCAUCCUAGAAAAGACUACCGAUCGGACGACGCAAUGCUUACUACUCCUUCCUCUACAGACUCUGUUAAAUAGAGCCUUAGUUAUCUAGCAGAUUACUAGUAUGUUAGCACAUGAAGGUAUGUAUUUUUGUAGCUCUUAACGUUUACUGAGUACAGUGAAGUCCGAAUGGCCUUACUUGUUGUAAGGAAAUAAAAGAUCUUGUACUUACAGAGAUGCAGUUAGUAAACGUAAAUUGCAGGAUAAAAUCAUGGUUACCUGUUUCAAUUGAUAUGCUUGAAUGGUGACAGAAAAUUUGUAGCGUGUAACCUAUAUAUGCACUGCUGUUAAUGCAGUUUAAAACCAACAUAUUUGUGUUGACAGGACAAAUUUAAAACUCAUUUCACCUGAUUUAAUUGCAAGAGCAACCAACUACAGUAUUAAACCUAUUUUUGCUAGAAUGAUAACAAAAGCUAUCCUUCAGUAUUUUAGUCAACAUUUCUAUCGAAACAUAUUUUUGUGUAUCUUGCAUUGUUUGUUUUCCAUAUUUCAUUUUGAAAUCAGUCAGUCCUACCGUUUUUUAUUUACCAUUUUUACAUGCCCUUUUUCAAAGCUGAAAACUAGAUCAUCUGCUUGAACCCAUGUAAUUCUGUCUGAUAUUUUGACUGAUACUGGUUUUAAAUAUGUCAGGUGUUACGCUUACGAUAUUAUAUCAGAUGUGGAAAUGUGCACACUUCGUUUUAAUAAUUCAAUAUAAUUCAGUGAAGACACACAUUUGGCCCUUGAGUAGUAUCAACAUCUGCCUUAUCCCUGUGCAGGAUUAAAAGAAAUCACUGCCUGUAUCAUGUCCCAAGGAGGAAUAUAAUGUUCCCGUUCACUACAAGGAUUGGAAUUUGUUUUUUGGUAUUUUCUAAGGUUUUAGUUGCUAAGCUUAAUAUUCCUCCAGCAGAAGAAAAGUGCCUACAAAGCUCAGUUGCUUGUUGUUUUGUACCAAAGACUUUCCCCUAUUUUAACUAUUCUUUACAUUUGUAAAUACUUCAUUCUCAGUAUUUUGAUUUCAUUUUUGUUUGCUCAGAAGUUAAUUUCCAGCCAUUCUGAGGGCUAAUUUUUCACUUUAAUGUAAGGUAAAGCUUUCUGUAGAAGCAAUAUUGCGGGGUUAAAUUUCCAUCAUUCAGCUACCAAUACCGUCUUUUAGUGUCAUACUGGAAAAUAUAGACAAUUUGCUUGGCCUAUAUGACUUUUACCUGCUAUUGCAAAUGCUGGAACAAGGGAGAAUAAAUUCAGACUUCCUAAAAAUAUUAUUUAUUUUUCUAGUCACACUGUAAGUCUUUAAAUAGGUGUGUACCUUUAUUGAGCAGAAAGAAGAUCAUACACAAAAAUAAUUUAUACCUCUUGUAAAAAAAUGUUUGUGGUAACUCAGCAGCUGUCAGAUUUAAAUAGUUUAUGUCAAGUAUAAAUAACUUGAGCUGUUGGGGUAUCAGUUUAAUGUUACUGUUUUUAUAUUUGCAGAGGUUUUAGAAGAUAUCUGUAUAAAUGUACUGACAUCUCUUGAAAUAGCUUUGUACAUGAGAGAAGAUUUGCUCCUUUGUAAAUAUCCUUGUGAACAAUAUGAUAGUAGCCAGGGAAAGACCUUGUGUUCUGUUACGGUGGCCUUAUUUCUAAUUGCAUCAUGAAACAGGUGUACAUGACCCAUUCCAUCUAAGCAAUCAGGGCGGGUUUUAAAGCUUUUGCUUGGAUUCUCAUUUUUACUUUGUUCAAACCCCUUUUUUCCUUGAAGCAUUUCAAAAGGGAGAUAAUCCAAGGAGGGUUUAAGUAUUUACUACUGCAAUUUUUUAAAAAAAAAACCCUAUAUUCAUACUUGAAAUCUACUGAUAUAACCGCUUGUGUUAUGGAGUUAUUGAUAAUAUGCAUCAGAUAAGAUAAUGCCCAAGAAAUCCCAUUUUUAGUUCAUUUCCAUUUAAAAGAACAAUACAAACAUCAGGAUUGUUUUAUAUUUGUCUGUAGUUGGCCAAGACUUAUUUCAUAAACUCAAAAAUACAAUAAUUGAAAUAAGAUUCUGAUUAAUGAAUGAACAGGUCCCAUAAACUUAUUCUAAGGUGGGGGGGUCAGAUAUUGUAUUUAUGUCCAAAAGUUUACAAAUUGCAUUGUGCUCUCUAGUUCUGCAAUGCCAUCUGAGGGGCACCACUGUUCCUUUCAACAUGUGCAUCAGUGUGUUUCGUGCAGAUCCUAAUAGAACUAGGGAAUACCUAGAGAGCACUUUUGUGUUAACUGCUAAUUCAAUCUAAUAAACCCUGCCCCCUCUUUCUUCAUUAUGUUUCUCUGUGGAAAACAUUGGUUCCCAAGUCCUAGGGUGCUUUCUUGUUUCAAAUAAAGAGAUCUAAUUUGUAUGUUGAGUGACAGAAGGUAAACAUUCACAAUGAGACUUAAUAUUUGUUGAAAGACUGAACUUGUAUUACUUUGUGUCAAAAUCCCAAUUUUAAAACUUUGAAUUGGGAUACAGAGCAGAAUCAUAUUAACCAUAGAUUUUGAGGUGAAGAAUUUAAGCAGUAUGUGUGAUCAUAACUCCAAACAUAUUUUUAAGAAAAAGGUAAAGAAAUGCCAUAAUGUUAAAGAAAGCAGGACUUUCCUGUGUCUGGAAAUCUACCUGUUUUGAAAUUUUAAAGUAUGACCAUCAAAUUUGUUACUCAUUCUCAUGAACAAAGAAAAGUUCAGUUUAAUCAUAACACAGCCAUUUAACCUAUCGCUUUAAUAUUUCUUUAUGCUAUUAACAUAUUUUAAAUCCUUUUGAAAAAAAUAAACUGUUUGGUGUACUGCAUUCCACUAUUGAUUUAGUCAAAGGUAACAGAACACAUGUCUUUGCAAUAUAUACUUUAUACCUAUAUUUUAAUAUGUAGUUUGAUAACGUUAAUUGUAAUAUAUGUUCAUGUAAGCAUUAAGUUAAAAUAGUUAUUUUAGGGCACUUGAAUUUAUCUUCAUACUGUGGCAGCUUUAAAAAAUGUGAUAUGGAAGAUAGUUCAAGGGUACAUGCAUCCAAAUCUAGGAAGCUAAAGUUUUUAUUAAAAUCUGCUAAUUCACAAUGACAUCUGCCUGAGUUGUUGUAGUUCUGAUUUUAAACAGAAUGUGGCAUAGCAGGAGAGCGUGUAUCUUGUUUGGUGCUUCAUUCCUAGACUGUUCUUUUUCAGAUAUUUUGGUAUAGCAACACUUUUUAAAAUAUUGUAGAAUGGCAGUUGAAAGCAAGCUUGUAAAAUGGUAUGUUUUGUAUCAGAGAUGCUGUGGGACUAUGCAGCCAUGAUUACGAAGAGUGUGCAAGGCAUAAAAUAAACUUAAACAUUUUGCUGUGACAUAUGAACAGUGUCGGAACCGACCUGCUCUGUUUACGUACUCCGGGUGCACUUAUGUUUUGUUACUGAAGUCUUGUAAGCUAACAUAUAUGUGCAGAAACUGAAGUAUCCAUAAUUGUGUAGUACUUCAGAGUUUUGCGGAUGUCUUAUCUAUUCGUUUUUUGCUUCAACUGUGAACACUAUCCAAUGUAUCAACAGUACAGCAGCCGUUCUUAGAGGAUAUUCCCAUAGGCUCAGUAGAGCCCUGGUUUUUCUUUCUCCUUCUGGCCUUCAUACCAGCUACAUACGUACAUGUACUUCAGAGCACACAAGAAACUUACGUAGAGACCAGAGAGAGAUGGAUAAGGAGUCCGUUCAAUCUAAUCGCCUUUUGUACUAUCUACAUAUGGGAAGAGGAGAAUGCGGGGUCAGUGGAAGUCACUACACAAAAAUCCUGAGCGCACAAUGGACCGAAUUUUGCUGUAUAUUGAGAGUAUAUAGUAAACAAAUUAAGCUCUUGUAGCUUGUACUUUCUCCAACCCAGUGGUUUUGUAAUAAAGUUUCAUUCAAAUAAAA